AUGUCGUCUGCCAAUUCAAUUGGACAAGUCAUUGCUCUACCAUUAUGUGGGAAUCUGGCAGAUUUUGUACUUUCCAAGAAAUAUGCGUCAACUCGUUGUGUCCGUGUUUUGUUCCAAGACUUUUCUCUGAUUCUACCUGGAUGUUUAUUAAUUGCCGUAACUUUCCUCAGAUGUGAUCAAACCGUUCUAAUAAGUUUUCUGUUAUUUCUCUGUGGUGUAACAAUGUCUUUUGUCUGUGGUGGUGUUUACGUGAACAACAAAGAUAUUGCUCCAAAAUAUGCAGGUAUUGUAUAUGGAAUUGCAAACACUUUUGGAACAAUAGCCAGCAGCAUUUGUCCCUUAUCUACGAAAGCCUUGACCCCAAACGGCACUAAAGAAGAAUGGCAGAUUGUGUUUGCAUUGUUGGCUGCCAUAUGUUUAUCUGGUGCAAUCUUGUAUACAAUAUUUGCAAGAGGAGAAAUACAAGAUUGGGCAAGGUCAGAAGAGUCUGGACCUUCCGUUAAUCAUAGCGACACACAAUCAAAUAAAAUUGCUUAG